AAGCGCUGCCUGUGAGGCUGGGGGAGAGAGAAGCGAGGGGACGGAGCGGCGUGUUUUGGGUCAUUGGCGGCUCAUUUCGUCUUUUUGAAAAAAGCCCCGCUGACCGCUGGCUUUAAUGAAUGAACGCCCCAUGACACCGCGAGCGGGCUGAUUGCUGUUAUUUCUCGCACCGAGAGAGGGAGAGGGCGCACACCUCGACUACAGCAAGUUUCCCAUUUCUGGAGCACCCACCACCCCCUCCCCUCCCGGACACCCCCGGUCCAUUCUCCACCAGUCCCACGUCAUUUUCCCUCCUCCCUCGCCGACCGAGGAGCAAGGUUUAGGAGGGAUUAAUCCGGCCAGCAAGGAAUAAUAUUGAAACGCCGGGAAAAUGUCGUGUAGCGAGGAUGAGAGGGAGGACUUCGGAGCCGCCGAGGAGCACUCACUUAUUCCCGAUGAGGACGAGCAGGACGACGCCGUGUCCGACCUGGACGAGCUGCCCAAGUCCAAGAAGAAGAAGAAAGCCAAGAAGAGCAGCCGGGAGAACCGCAGCAGCAAGAGACAGAGACCCGUCCGGGAGGAGUUGCCAGUCAGCUCCCCGGAGCACCUGAUCGGAGUGGAAACAGCGGAGCGGGAUGCAGAUGAGGGAGGUAUGCGGUCGGAGAGUGAAGGAAGUGAUUAUGCCCCCGGGAGGAAAAAGAAGAAACGGUCCAGCUCUGCCAAAGACAAGAAGAAAGGAGGUUCGGCAGCAGAGAAAGGAGGCGCCUCCAGCUCCAAGAGCAAACGCAAAGAGCCCGAGCCAGAAGACGACGACGACGAUGACGACGACUGCCAGCCUAAAAGCUCCACCCAGCUGCUGGAGGCCUGGGGCAUGAAGGAUAUCGACCACGUCUUUACUCAGGAAGACUACAGCUCCCUCACCAACUACAAGGCCUUCAGCCAGUUUGUCAGGCCUCUAAUUGCAGCAAAGAACCCCAAAAUUGCAGUGUCCAAGAUGAUGACUUUAAUGAUGGCGAAGUGGCGAGAAUUCAGCACCAACAAUCCUCUAAAGGGUUGCGCCACCGCUAACGCGGCGCUCGCAGCUGCCAACGUGGCUGCAGCUGUGGAGAACAUGGUGGUUGCGGGGACGGACGUCGGGGGGGAGACCGGUUCCGCUGCUUCGCCUGCAUCUGCUCCUGCUCCCGCCGCCGCUCCGACAGCUGCUGCACCCCCAGCAGCCCCGGCACCCCCACUGCGCAAGGCCAAGACUAAAGAGGGCAAAGGUCCAAAUGCUCGUAAGAGGUCGAAGCCAACGCCUAAACCUCCACCCAAACCCAAACCCAAGAAGGUGGCUCCUCUCAAGAUCAAACUUGGGGGCCUGAACAGCAAGAGGAAGCGCUCCUCUAGCGACGAAGAUGAAAACGACGCUGACAGUGACUUCGACGACGGGAGCUUCUCAGUGUCUGACGGCUCUAACCGCAGCAGUCGCCCCAAGAAGAAGCCGAAGAGCGCAAAGAAGAAAAAGAAAGAGACAGAAGACGGCGACGGCUACGAGACGGACCACCAGGACUACUGCGAGGUCUGCCAGCAGGGAGGGGAGAUCAUUCUGUGCGACACCUGCCCGAGAGCUUAUCACAUGGUGUGUCUGGACCCAGACAUGGAGAAGGCGCCCGAGGGCAAGUGGAGCUGUCCACACUGUGAGAAGGAGGGGAUCCAGUGGGAGGCCAGAGACGAUCUGUCCGAGGCCGAGGGGGAGGAUGACGACGACAGGAGAGACGAAGGGAUGGAGGAGGAGGACGACCACCACAUCGAGUUCUGCCGUGUGUGUAAGGACGGCGGGGAGCUGCUCUGCUGUGACACCUGCCCCUCCUCCUACCACAUCCACUGCCUCAACCCUCCUCUCCCCGAGAUCCCCAACGGAGAGUGGAUCUGCCCCCGCUGCAAGUGUCCACCGAUGAAGGGGAAAGUGCAGAAGGUCUUAACCUGGCGCUGGGGGGAGCCUCCGGCCCCCACGCCCGUCCCCCGGCCCGCUGACCUGGCCGCCGACGCGCCCGAUCCGCCGCCGCUGGCGGGUCGCAGGGAGAGAGAGUUCUUUGUGAAAUGGUGCAACAUGUCCUACUGGCACUGCUCCUGGGUGCAGGAGCUACAGCUGGAGCUGAACUGCCAGGUGAUGUUUCGAAACUACCAGAGGAAGACUGACAUGGACGAACCACCGCCGGUCGACUUUGGGGGAGAGGGAGACGAUGACAAGAGCACCAAGAGGAAGAACAAGGAUCCCCUGUUUGUCCACAUGGAGGAGGAGUUUUACCGUUACGGAGUGAAGAUGGAGUGGCUGAUGAUCCACCGCAUCCUGAACCACAGUGUCGACAAAAAGAACAACGUCCACUAUCUGAUCAAAUGGAGAGACCUGCCGUAUGACCAGUCCACCUGGGAGAGUGAAGACAUGGACAUUCCCGAGUACGACACCUACAAACAGACAUACUGGAAUCACAGAGAGCUGAUGGUGGGCGAGGAGGGCAGACCUGGAAAGAAGCUGAAGAAACAGGUCAAAGUGAAGAAGGCCGAGCGACCACCGGCCAAUCCGGUGGUAGAUCCCACCAGCAAGUUUGAUCGGCAGCCCGAAUACCUGGACAGCACGGGAGGAACGCUGCACCCGUACCAGCUGGAGGGCUUGAACUGGCUGCGGUUCUCUUGGGCUCAGGCCACCGACACCAUCCUGGCCGAUGAGAUGGGUUUAGGAAAGACCGUUCAGACGGCCGUCUUCCUCUACUCACUCUACAAGGAGGGUCAUUCCAAAGGUCCGUUCCUGGUCAGCGCUCCUCUGUCCACCAUCAUUAACUGGGAGAGAGAGUUUGAGAUGUGGGCGCCCGACAUGUAUGUGGUGACCUACGUCGGAGACAAAGACAGCAGAGCCGUGAUCAGAGAGAACGAGUUCUCCUUCGAGGGAAAUGCCAUCAGAGGAGGGAAAAAGGCUUCCAAAAUGAAGAAAGAUUCAACGGUCAAGUUUCACGUUCUGCUGACGUCUUACGAGUUGAUCACCAUCGACCAGGCUGUCCUGGGAUCCAUCGAAUGGGCCUGUCUGGUGGUGGACGAGGCGCACAGACUAAAGAACAAUCAGUCCAAGUUCUUCCGCGUGUUGAACAACUACCCGCUGCAACACAAGCUGCUGCUGACCGGCACGCCUCUCCAGAACAACCUGGAGGAGCUCUUCCACCUGCUGAACUUCUUGACUCCAGAAAGAUUCAACAACCUUGAAGGGUUUCUGGAGGAGUUUGCGGACAUUGCCAAAGAGGACCAGAUCAAGAAGCUCCACGACAUGCUGGGACCACACAUGCUCAGGAGGCUGAAGGCGGACGUGUUCAAACACAUGCCCUCCAAGACUGAGCUCAUCGUUCGAGUGGAGCUGAGCCCAAUGCAGAAAAAAUACUACAAAUUCAUUCUAACACGUAACUUUGAGGCCCUGAACACUCGCGGCGGAGGAAACCAGGUCUCCCUCCUCAACGUAGUGAUGGACCUGAAGAAGUGUUGUAAUCAUCCCUACCUCUUCCCAGCUGCCGCCACUGAGGCACCGAAACUUCCAAACGGCAUGUAUGAAGGAAACUCCCUGACGAAGGCUUCAGGGAAGCUGAUGCUGCUUCAGAAGAUGAUGAGGAAGCUGAAGGAGGGAGGACACAGGGUCCUCGUUUUCUCGCAGAUGACCAAAAUGCUCGACUUGCUGGAGGAUUUCCUGGAGAAUGAAGGCUAUAAAUACGAGAGGAUCGACGGCGGCGUCACCGGCAACAUGAGACAGGAGGCCAUUGACCGUUUUAAUGCUCCCGGCGCUCAGCAGUUUGCGUUCCUCCUCUCCACCCGAGCCGGCGGUUUGGGCAUCAAUCUGGCGUCCGCCGACACCGUCAUCAUCUACGACUCCGACUGGAACCCGCACAACGACAUCCAGGCGUUCAGCAGAGCUCAUCGAAUCGGCCAGAACAGGAAGGUGAUGAUUUAUCGCUUUGUUACCAAAGCGUCUGUGGAGGAGAGGAUCACACAGGUGGCGAAGAAGAAGAUGAUGCUCACCCACCUGGUGGUGCGGCCCGGCCUCGGCUCCAAGACAGGCUCCAUGUCCAAGCAGGAGCUGGACGACAUCCUCAAGUUCGGAACCGAGGAGCUGUUCAAGGACGAAGUCGGAGAAGGGGACAACAAGGAAGACGACAGCAGCGUGAUCCACUACGACGAUCACGCCAUCGACCGCCUGCUGGACAGGAACCAGGACGCCACCGACGACACGGAGCUCCAGAGCAUGAACGAGUACCUCAGCUCCUUCAAAGUGGCUCAGUAUGUGGUCAAAGACGAGGACGACGAGGAGGAGGAGGUGGAAAGAGAGGUAAUCAAGCAGGAAGAGAGCGUUGAUCCCGACUACUGGGAGAAGCUGCUCCGGCAUCACUACGAGCAGCAGCAGGAGGAUCUCGCCCGCAAUCUGGGCAAAGGCAAACGAACUCGAAAGCCGGUCAACUACAAUGACGGCUCCCAGGAGGACCGAGGUAUAAGACAGGACUGGCAGGAGGAUCAGUCGGACAACCAGUCCGACUACUCGGUGGCUUCAGAGGAGGGCGACGAGGACUUCGACGAGCGGACUGAAGCGAACGCUCGCAGGCCGAACCGCAAAGGGCUGAGAAACGACAGAGACAAGCCUCUCCCUCCACUGCUGGCCCGGGUCGGCGGGAACAUCGAGGUUUUGGGCUUUAACGCACGACAGAGGAAAGCGUUCCUGAACGCAGUGAUGCGUUAUGGGAUGCCGCCACAAGACGCCUUCACCAACCAGUGGCUGGUCAGGGACCUGCGAGGAAAGUCCGAGAAAGAGUUCAAGGCCUAUGUGUCUCUGUUUAUGCGUCACCUUUGUGAGCCGGGCGCCGACGGAGCGGAGACCUUCGCCGACGGCGUCCCGCGUGAGGGCCUGUCGAGGCAGCACGUGCUGACUCGCAUCGGCGUCAUGUCCCUCAUCCGGAAGAAGGUGCAGGAGUUCGAGCACGUGAACGGUCAGUGGUCGAUGCCCUGGAUGGCCGAGCUGGAGGAGAACAAACGGGCGGCAGCUUUGGCUGCAGGCGAAGACCCAAAGACCCCGUCCACCGGGACGCCUGCAGACACGCAACCAAACACUCCCGUUCCAGAGGAUUUGUCGCGAUCAGAGGACAAAGAAGACGUGAAAAAGGAGGGAGAAGAUGGCAAAGCAGCCAAAAAGACUGACGAGCCAGAGAUCAUCGAAAUCCCAGACGAGUCUGAAAAAUCCCCCGCUGUCGAAAAGAAAGAAGAAGGAGACCUGGCUGGAGAGAAGGAGGAGAAAGAGAAGGAGGCCGAUGGGGAGGAAGAGAAGGAGAAGGAGGCCGAAGACACGAGUAAAGUGAAAGACGAGAAAGAGAAAUCUGCAGAAAAAGACUCAUCUGCUGACAUUAAAGGCGAAGUUUCAGAAGGAAAGGCCGAUUCAGAGGAGGACAAGUCUAAAGUGGAGGAAAUCAAAGAUGAGAAGAUGGACCGCAGUUCACCAACAGAGGAGAAAAAAGAGCAAAAAGAGGAAAAGGAUGUGAAAACAGACGAGUCUGGAAAACUGCAGAACGGUGAGAACACGAAGGAGGGCGGAGCCGCGGCGCCGGCGGUUAACGUCAGCGAGGAGAAGAAGAAGGCCACCAAACAGAGGUUCAUGUUCAACAUCGCAGAUGGAGGAUUCACAGAGCUCCACUCUCUGUGGCAGAACGAGGAGCGGGCCGCCACCGUCACCAAGAAGACCUUCGAGAUUUGGCACCGUCGCCAUGACUACUGGCUGCUGGCCGGCAUCAUACAACACGGCUACGCUCGCUGGCAGGACGUGCAGAACGACGUCCGGUUCGCCAUCCUCAACGAGCCCUUCAAGGGGGAGAUGAGCCGAGGGAACUUCCUGGAGAUCAAGAACAAGUUCCUGGCCCGCAGGUUCAAGCUCCUGGAGCAGGCGCUGGUCAUCGAGGAGCAGCUUCGCCGGGCGGCCUACCUGAACAUGACGGAGGACCCGGCGCACCCCUCCAUGGCGCUCAACACCCGCUUCAGUGAGGUGGAGUGUCUCGCCGAGUCGCACCAGCACCUCAGCAAGGAGUCCAUGUCGGGAAACAAGCCUGCUAACGCCGUCCUGCAUAAAGUUCUCAAACAGCUGGAGGAGCUGCUGAGCGACAUGAAGGCUGACGUCACUCGCCUGCCGGCGACCAUCGCCAGGAUACCGCCGGUGGCCGUGCGGCUGCAGAUGUCCGAGAGGAACAUCCUGAGCCGGCUGGCCAGCCGGGGCCCCGAGGUGGGCUCCCAGAACCAGUCCCAGCCCUCGCAGCAGAUGCAGGUGCCGCGCUGAUCGGCGGCGUUUUCACCCACGGAGGCCAGCCGUCCUCGCCUCGCCUCGCCUCGCCUCGCCGCCACGUAGCAGACGUCAACCCCCACCCCCCUCCCCCUCCUCCUCCUCCUCCUCCUCCUCCUCCUCUUCCUCUCCCUCCGCCGUGUACAGCACCGUCAGGUUAGUCCUCCCCCGCUCUGCAUCCACCUCCCAUCUCCGGACUCAGACGAGCGUCAGCUGUGCGGCUGGACUCUGCGGUUAUAAAAGAAAACGGGAAAAAAAACAAAAAAAAAAAAAGACUGGAACUGUAGAUUUAGGACGGAAGCGAACGGACGAAUCGCUUCUCGUCUCUCUCCUCCACCGGGAAUCAGACUCGGCUCCUCUGUCCUGAGCACUGGACUGCAGGCCGCUUCCCCUGGGCCUGUCCUCACACCAGGGUCAAACGCGUGCGUGUGUGCGAGCGUGUGUGUGUGUGUAAUUAUCUGUACAAUAGAGCGGACAGAAAGCAGCAUGUGUGGAGUUUACUGGUGCUUCGGAAAAGCUUUGGGACGGUUGAAGAACUGAAGGGAUUUCUCUGAGCUCGCUCUCACCUCUAGGAAGUUCUCACACUACCAAUGUUUAUGUUAUUUUUUGUAUUAUUUUAGAAGUCAUCCACCUCUGGUGUCCUUGUUUGCGUGCGGAUUGGAAGUGUGUGUGUUUUUCCAGCGUGUGUGUGUGUGUGUGUGUGUGUUGACCGGGGCAUCUUGAUGUGCACUUCUACUGCAGAAUCCCCGACACUGACAGACUGUUACCGCCACUUUUUUGUAUCGGUCCCGCCCGUUACCUCGUCUCGUCCCGCUCCCCCCGCCGAACCUCCGACCUCCGGCGUCGGGCCGCUCGAUCCGGGAUCAGCUCUCCGUGUUCACGCCCCAGCCAGCACCUCGACAUUCCUGCCGCCCGCGCCGCCGACUCGCCCCCUCGGACGUCUUCUCAGAUUACCAACAUGCAAUAGCGCCGCCGCUUCUAGGUGCACGGGACGGUUUUCCAGAACAAUCUUAAGUUAAUUUAAUUUCUUACUGUCUGUUGCUAUGUUGUUUUACAUUAUGGGAUAUUAUUAUUAUUAAGGUCACCACCUUGUUGUUUUUAUUGUUGCUGUUUGUUUUUAAGAACUACAAUAAAAAGUCGACGGUU